AUCAGCCUGAACCUUGUGGUCAGAUUGUGCUUAGUUUGGUGAGAAAGUCUCUUCUUGAUGGUUGUUCUGUCCUAAUGACCAGUCGCCCAACCAGACUGGCAUCAAUUGAUUGUAGAGUUUUCAACAGAAUAGUAGAAAUCACUGGGUUUUUACCGGAAGAACGACGGAUGUACUUUCAAAACUUCUUCUCCAACCCUGAGCUGGCGGAAAAGGCUUUUAAUUAUGUGAAGCAGAAUGACACCCUGUACACCUUCUGUUACCUCCCGUCCUACUGCUGGAUCAUCUGUACUGUAUUAUCCAAGAGCUUCCAGCCAACAAGUAGUGAUCAGUCGGUGUCAUUAUUACCCAAAACCGUCACCCAGCUGUUUGCGAUAUUUGUCGCCAACAUCCUGUUUAAUCACAGCCUGGACAAAAGUGACACUCAGAAGAUCCUGCAGUCCAUCGGAUGGAUGGCAGAACAUGGAGUCAUGAAUCAUAGGCUUAUCUUUGAUGGACGAGAUCUGGACUGUUUCCAUGUGGACAAUACGUCAAAGCUAUUAUCAAGUUUUCUGAUGGAAUCGGGGGAACCUGUGUCCUAUUCCUUCUUACAUCUCACUGUUCAGGAAUUCUUCUCUGCCUUGGUGCAUUAUGUGGAUUAUUCUCCCGAGAAGUUACAUAAAUCACAAAAAAAUGCCAAAUCCUAUCCUGAUGGACGAGGUGAGAUGUUCCUCCGUUUCCUGUGUGGUCUAUCAGACGGCUCCACCAGGUCAAUGCUAACUGGAUACCUGGACAGACAAGCAACUCAGACAUCUAUAGAUGUCAUCACUUGGCUAAAGAGCUUCAUUCUAGAAGAAAAGAGGGAGCAGGAAAAUGAAACCAGCAAGCGUCGUCUUCUAAGUACAUUUUUCUAUCUGUAUGAAUCCCGGAAUAAGGCUCUGGUGCUGGAAUCACUACAAUCACACAGAAGUCUGGACUUUUCUGAUGUUCGUAUGUCGGCUCUAGACUGCACAGUGUUAGCGUUUAUUCUGGACACCUGCACAAAUAUAGAAGAACUCAAUCUACAUCAAUGUUCCUUAGACAUUGAAGGAUUAGAAAGACUUGCUCCAAGAUUACAGAACCUGCAGAAUCUGAGAUUGGUCGGUACUGGUCUAGAAGACACUUCCUGCAUCCAGUUGGCAUCUGUAAUAAGGAAUAACCAGUCCCUGAAGAUACUGGACCUGACUUAUAACCAUCUGUCUGGUCCUCACUUCGGUGACUUGAUGGCGGCUCUGUCCAGUCCGGCCUGCAGGAUAGAGACAUUACAAUUGUGUCAUAAUGAUCUACCAGACACUUCCUGCAUCCAGUUGGCAUCUGGAAUAAGGAAUAACCCGUCCCUGAAGAUACUGGACCUGUCUUAUAACCGUCUGUCUGGUCCUCACUUCAGUGACUUGAUGGCGGCUCUGUCCAGUCCGGCCUGCAGGAUAGAGACAUUACGAUUGGAGGCUAAUGAUCUACCAGACACUUCCUGCAUCCAGUUGGCAUCUGUAAUAAGGAAUAACCAGUCCCUGAAGAUACUGGACCUGUCUAAUAACAGUCUGUCUGGUCCUCACUUCAGUGACUUGAUGGCGGCUCUGUCCAGUCCGGCCGGCAGGAUAGAGACAUUACGGUGAGUAUAAGAGACGUGU